CCAUUGUGCUCUCAGGACUACAGAACUUGGGCAGUAUCAGGAAAUGGUAUAGACUCAGAAGGUGUUGUGUGCUGUGCUGACGAACUGAAAAUGGUGUCUAGAAAUGUACUGAUGAGAAGGCAGGGCCCUAAGAGUGAUGGUACUGGUGCCACCACUGACGUCUCUGGGCAGAACACACCCCUCUCACCUCUCGCCCGACUGUACAUUUACGCCCUGCAUGGGUGCCUCUGUGAGGUGGGGUUCACAGCAGCCUUUGAUUGGUACUACACCCGUGACCACAGACUUGCGGGCCACACAAGCCUUUGGGCGCUGCUUAUUUACAGCUCUGCCAUCUUCUUCAUGGAGGGUCUAGGUGCGAGGCUGCAGCAGAAACACUGCCUCCUACCAGUCAGGCUGACUGUCUACACUCUCUUCAUCUAUCUGUGGGAGUUUAGCUGGGGGUUUCUGCUCAGGCUGUUCGGGGCCUGCCCUUGGGACUAUUCAGAGUUCAGGUAUAACUUCAUAGGUCUGGUAACGCUUGAAUAUGCCGUUCCUUGGGCAUUGGCGGCACUUAUCGCUGAAAAACACGUUAUCAGGAACACUUUGAAGAUACGGCUAGAUAAGUAGUCAAUAUAAACAGAAAACAAUAAACUGCUUAACAGAACAUGUUAAAAAAUCUUUGACUUUGUAUUGGGAUAGAGUGUUAAGUAGGCCUGAUAAAUGCUACGAUGCUAACAGAGUCCAACAGUCAGGUUUCAGAAAAAAAAAUAAAAAAAAUAAAAAAAACAUUCCUUUUCUCCAUAGAAAAAUUGAUUGUUAAUGAUCAUUUAUUAACUUGUAACGACAGACUAACUGUGAUGUACAAGGUUGUUAAUCAGUUAAAUAAUCUUUUGUUGAAGCCAGCAAUCUUCAUUAUUCCAUUGUUGUUUAUUUUUUUUAUUUUUUUUUAUAUUCCUGUUUAAGGGGCUGUUCACACAGAAUACAUAUUUGCCUUUAAAAACAUGAGACACAGCACUCAGUAAUGUAAAAAAAAAAAAGAAAGAAAAAAAAAAACAUAGCACUAAUGCUCCCUCCGCUAUGUUGCCGUAAAAUAAAACAGUUGCGAUGCCAACUUGCUACUGUAAACAAAAGCUCACAAAGCUUGCCCCUGCUCUGGGGUCUUCUGAUUGGUCCACUGUUGUGGAAUUGACAUUGAUGUGCGCUGCGAAAAUGUUAAAAUUAUUUUAACUUGACACAGUCUUCUAAACAUGGUGCUCAUGUGCACAACGCUGCAAGUAGACGCAGAGCGCAGUGAUCAUACACAACUGUCUAGCACAUUUACAUAGAAAAACUAUUGAAAAGUAGUGCAUUGUAAUGGAAAAAAAACGGUUUCUGUGUGAACAGCGUGAAUACUGCCCAUGAUUCUGCAAAUAAAUCUCCACCAUUCAGAGAACUGAGACAAGCAAAACCAACCCACUCCUGUGAAACACUGUGUAAGAAACUACCUACACUCUCAAACUACUUACAUUUUUGUAUAUAUUAUACAUAUAUUGAAAUAAGCAAAUAUAUGUUGUUACAAAAUAUGUUGUUUCUAAUACCCAAUAAACAUUCU